AGUAGCAUAUGAUGAUAUCUUAAGCCUAGUCUUGUGUAACUCUGUUACCAAUUCCUCCAUGAGCUAGCAAACAUGUUUCUGAGAGAAGCGUGUCUGCACAUUUUGUUGUAAAAUGUAGUCUACCGGUACGCACCAUUUCACUUACAUUCAUCUUAUUUUAAUUUCCUGGGAACUUGCAAGUAGAAAAACAUGUCUACAGUACACACAGGCUACUAUGUAAAGAAGAGGUUUAUGGUUUUGGGAGGCAUUUUUGUCCCUGACUUUUUCGCACAUGUGCUUUUGGAACAUAAUGACAUUCUCUGUUUUGUUUUCUGUAUGAGUGGUUAGGCAGGUAGGCUACUGAAGGUAAACUGCUGCCCCCUCCCUGAGCUGGGCUACUGGAAUCCAUAGUGGCACAUGUCUCGACUUGGCAUCAUAAAGUCUCUGGUAUUGCUGGCUGGGUCAGUCGUUUUUUUGUCUUAAAAUGCCUCGUGGUUUGAGGUAUGCACUGACUCACUAUCAUGUGCAGAUUGACUUGACUGCCUGCCUGAUGUGUGUACAGAGUGUUACCUGUUAAGUCUGCCUCACCCGUGUAGCUGCAGGAUGGAGAGACUAGGGGAAAAAUAGGUAGAGAGGGUGGGGGCGUAGACCUGUGAGCCUCGUUGUGGCGUUUCCUAUCCCGGAUUAACUCACUGACGGAGAUGUUGUUGAGCACCUGCCAACUCAGGCCUCGCUUUCCUUCACCACAACACCAGGGAAGGACUGAGGAGAUGGACGCACAGGGCAUAAUGGGACCUACAGGCUAGAUAGCAGGUCAAUAUGUAGAACAAAGUAGAAAUGGGGUGAGUCAAGGCACUCGAGGUCUCUUUGAUUAAAUUCAACCCUCGGUGUGCUGCCUGCUGUGUUUACUGUAUAUAGAGUAUUUCUAGUGGAAGAUCAAGCCGCUCCAGAGGUAGGCUAAAUUCCCCUAGGAAUGUUUCCAGAGUUCUCAGGGGGUAGCGCUGAGCCAGUCGGUCACACUUUGGCUGUGGUGCCUGAAAUAGGGCUCUGUUGUUUUAAGCCAAGGAUCUCCGUGAAACCUUUUAAAAUCCGGUGCUUUUGGGGGACAAAGGCCAAACCGGCACGAGAGAGCGUGAGAGGCAGCCAACCUCCCCCUGAACAGUGUGUGGCCAUACACGGGUUUGAGGUGUUUUGUGUCCAAAGCAACAUGAACACUGGCUACAUUCAGCAGCAACUGAUUAUGUGGUCCCUGGAUGCCCCGCGGCGCUCCGUCCUCGCCCGCCCACGCACGGCGCCCCCCGAUGGCCGGCAGCUGACCCCGCCCCCCAGGAUGACCGUGAGAGAGCGGCUGCGGGAGAAGAUCUCGGCGGCGUUCUACCGCCACGGGCUGCUGUGCGCCUCCUAUCCGGUGCCCAUCAUCCUCUUCACCUCCGCAAGUAUCCUCGCCUGCUGUUACCCCCUGCUGCGGCUGCCUCUGCCGGGGACCGGGCCGGUGGAGUUCACCACACGGGUCCGAGAUUACACCGUCCCUUCCCAUGAGCCCCAGGGAGACCUCGGCGAGCGGCCUGACUGGUAUCGGGGUCCUCCGGUGGCCUACAUACAGCAGGUCCUGGUGAAGGCAGCUGUGUCUCCCUGGGACAGCACGCUGGUCCCUGUGGACGUGUUCCGCUCCCCACUGGGCCGCGUAUUCAGCCUGCUGGAGGAGAUCCGCAACCAUGUACACAAUGACGGUUCUGGGGUCAGGAGCUUGGAGGCGCUCUGUCUGCAGGUGACGGACCUGUUGCCGGGGUUACGGCGUAUGCAGACAGUGCUGCCGGAGCACGGUUGUCUGCUGGUCUCCCCUGGCAACUACUGGCAGAACCAGCGGGAGCUGUUUGACUCUGACCCCGACCUGCUGAAGACCGUCCACCAGCACGAACCCAAAGGACUGCACACCACCGCCACACUGAGAGACCUGCUGUUUGGCAUCCCGGUGAAACACACAGGGGUGAGUCUGUACAGCAGGAAGAGGGUGGUCACCUACACCAUCACCAUGGUCCUGGGCAGCUACGACGCCAGGUUCCUGUCUAGCCUGCGGGCGCGUCUCCUCCAGCUGCACCCCUCGGUGAACUGCAGCCUGCGCGAGGACCACAUGGUGCACGUGCACUUCAAGGAGGAGAUAGGCAUGGCCGAGCUCAUCCCGCUGGUCACCACCUACAUCAUACUGUUCGCCUACAUCUACUUCUCCACACGUAAAAUUGACAUGGUGAAGUCAAAAUGGGGCUUGGCGCUGGCUGCCGUGGUAACGGUGCUCAGCUCUCUGCUUAUGUCUGUGGGGCUCUGCACCCUGUUUGGCCUGACGCCCACACUCAAUGGAGGUGAGAUCUUCCCUUAUCUGGUGGUGGUGAUAGGGCUGGAGAACGUCCUGGUUCUCACCAAGUCUGUGGUGUCCACCCCUGUUGACCUGGAGGUCAAACUACGCAUCGCUCAGGGCCUUAGUAAUGAGAGCUGGUCUAUCAUGAAGAACAUGGCCACAGAGCUGUGCAUCGUCCUCAUAGGAUAUUUCACCCUGGUGCCCGCUAUCCAGGAGUUCUGUCUGUUUGCUGUGGUGGGUCUGGUGUCUGACUUCUUCCUUCAGAUGUUUUUCUUCACCACAGUUCUUUCCAUUGACAUCCGACGCAUGGAGUUGGCCGAUCUGAACCGGCGUCUUCCGGCCGAGGCGGGGAUGCCCCUUCCCAAACCGGGCCCCCUGCGCCCUCGGGAGGCGCCUCCUCCCCCACGGCCCUCGCCCCACACCAUCACCCUGCAGACGCCCGCCUUCAGGAACCUGCGUCUGCCCAAGAGGCUCCGUGUGGUCUACUUCCUGGCCCGCACGCGUCUGGCCCAGCGCUUCAUCAUGGUGGGUACAGUGAUCUGGAUUGGCAUCCUGGCCUACACGGACCCCGCUGGCCUCCGUACCUACCUGGCAGCCCAGGUGUCUGAACAGAGCCCCCUGGGGGAGGGUGGGGCCGGGGGUCUGCCCCCCCACCUGGGAGUAGCCCCAGUCUUCCCUGGACCAGGAGGGGACCCCGCCAGCACCCUCAGUGUCCUCCCUGCCCCCGCUGAACCCACCCCGCUUCCGGAGAACCAGUCCCAGGGCCACCAUGGGGCCCCCAGGGAAGGAGUACCCCACCAGGCCCAGGCCCCACCUCUGGUGCCCCAGAUCAGCUGGGGGGCGGAGGAUGAGGAGGGCUGGAGGAAGCUGUCUUUCAGACACUGGCCCUCGCUCUUCAGCUACUAUAAUAUUACUCUGGCAAAGAGAUACAUCAGCAUCCUGCCUGUCAUCCCCGUCACAUUCCACCUGAGCCCCCGGGAGGCCAUCGAGACACGUCACCCCCAGGACACACGCCACCCCCCGCCGCCCAGCCUCAAAACUAACGACCUGCCCGCAGACCUCACGCUCUACAAGGUAGCAGCUCUGGGCCUGGCGGCAGGGGUUCUGCUGGUGCUGCUGCUCUUCUGUCUCUACCGGGUCCUCUGUUCCCGCAACUACGGCCAGAACGGCGUGGCCCACGGGCGCCGGCGCCGCGGUGACCUGCCCUGCGACGACUACGGUUACUCGCCACCCAUCAGCGAGAUCUCCCCCUUGCUGCUGCGUGGACACAGCAUGGACAUAGAGUGUCUGGCGAGUGACGGCAUGCUGUUGGCCAGUUGUUGUCUGGCAGGACAGAUCCGCGUUUGGGACACUCAGACUGGAGACUGCCUCACCGUCAUUCCUAAACAUGGGCUGCGGCGGAGUAGCAGCAGUGGCUGCUGGGAGCAGCGGGAUGGUUGGGACGCCGUGGGUGUGGCCGAACCUGAAAAUCUGGGGGGCGGGACAGAACCAGGGGGCGGGGUUUUCGACGAGGACGAGAGUUACCCCCUCAGGCGGCGGACCGCCCCACGUCCUGCCCUCUUUGAGGACCAACCCGACCUCACCCCCCUCAUCGACACCAACUUCGACUCCCAGCCGCCCUCCCACCUCCUCCUCACCCCGCCCAGGGAUGGCUUUGACUUCGGGGGGCUGGUGGAGAAGGCCUACCUGGAGCACGAGCCUCCCUCGCCGGGCCUCACUGCCUCCUACCCCUCCUCCUCACCUCUGUCGGGACCCCCUCCCCAGAGGAGACGCAGCCUGGGGUACAUCCAGCCCCCUGCUCCACAGGGCCAGGGAACCCCGGACUGGGAGAGCGCCGUGUGGGCUAUGGAGCUCCGGGGGAACCUCAUCGCUGCUGGGAGGAGCAGCGGAAAACUGGAGCUGUGGGACGCAGUGGAGGGCUCGUUACGCUGCAGUAAUGAAGACGGCGUCUCUGGGAUCACGGCCCUGGCCUUCCUCAACAACAGGAUUGUGGCGGCCAGACUCGACGGCUCUCUAGACUUCUUCACUGUCGACAUCAACAAGCCUCUGGGCUUACUGCAGUACAGAGGUCCCCCCGGGCGCAGUAACAUGCCGCCCUCGCCCUGCUACAGCAGUGAGGAUGUGAUCUCAUGCCAGCUGACGCGCUCGGUGCAGUGUGCCCACCAGAAACCCAUCACGGUGCUGCGAGCCGCGGCCGGCAGAGUGGUCACGGGCAGCCAGGACCACACCGUCAGGUUUGUCCCUGUGCGUCAGGUGUAUCGUCUGGAGGACUCAUGCUGUCUCUUCACGCUCCAGGGCCACUCUGGGGGAAUCACUGCCAUCUACAUAGACCAGACCAUGGUUCUGGCCAGUGGGGGGCAGGACGGAGCAAUCUGUCUGUGGGAUGUGCUGACGGGCAGCCGGGUGAGCCACGUGUACGGUCACCGCGGCGACGUGACCUCGCUGGUGUGUACCACAUCGUGCGUGAUCAGCAGCGGCCUCGACGACCUCAUCUGCAUCUGGGACCGCAGCACGGGCAUCAAGCUCUACUCCAUACAGCAGGAGGUGGGCUGCGGUGCCAGUCUGGGGGUGAUCUCUGAGUCUCUCCUGGUGACAGGGGGCCAGGGCUGUGUGUCCUUCUGGGACCUGAACUUCGGAGAUCUCCUCCAGACGGUCUACCUGGGCCAGAGCAGCGACGGCCAGGGGGUUCGCCAGCUCGUGGUGCUAAACAACGCCGCCAUCGUCUGCGACUUUGGCUCCGAGCUCAGCCUGGUCUACGUACCCGCGGUGCUGGAGAAGCUGGACUGAGCAGAAGCAGAACUAGGACAGGCGCCACACAGUGGCUUGGAGGAGUAGAUGGAAUAAUCAGUACUGACAAUGGGGAUAUAUGCAAACUCAACUCAUUUUGGCCCUACACUACGCUGCAGUUGGACAAUUUUCUUGGAAACAGUUGUGGCUAAUUUAGAUCGUUAGCGCUUCACCUGAUUUAGCUGGGAGGGCAUUUCUAUAGCAAUACAUCAUGUUUUUUAUAAAGCUAAUGUCUGGUUGGAGAGACAGAUGUACAGACAGACUUACAAGUGGUCAACCUGCCACAGGGUGAGGUCUGUCUGACCAGAAAGAUGACCUUGUUACUAGCUCAGGGGGUUUGUGUCCAAGCAUCGGAUGGUUUGGGGUACACACACCCAACAAUCAGACUGUCACUGCACUCUAUGCCGCUGUCAUUGGCGGAGUGUUUGAUACCACGCCAGCCAAUCAAUGUAGCGCAGCUGUAGCAGGCUCAUGUCAUGAAGUCUGAGGGUCGUUGGGCUAAGCUAAGCAGUUACUAGCAUGUGUGUGUUUUGUGUCCUGGGAAAGAAACAGUCCCUUUUUAUGGUGAAAACAUUGCUGACAAAAAUCCUUCAUUAUUGUGUGUGUGUGUGUGUGUGUGUGUGCGCGAGAGAGAACUGGAUACGAUUACUGUAAUGAAAUGCACCUUGAGAGGGUUGUUUUUUAUUUUUAAAUCUAUUUAUUAGUAACAAUUUGAGAUGUGCAGAUGAUGUCAUAAAUGUAUGGUUAGAUUUUUAACAUUGGUUAUGAUGACAUUAAUAUUUGUAAUAAUAUUUUGGAACUGAAAACGCGUAAGUGUUUUCUUGGAGUUGGGGAUUGAGGGGGAGAGGUUCCUUGCCUUACCCCAGCCUCUUAUUUUAGGGCUACUGUUGCUGCAAGAGGACCAAUCUGGCCCCUAAGAGCCCCUUAAGCUGUAAGAGGCUCUAUACUUUCUGCUUGAAUUUGAGAUUUGCAUCUGAAGGUGUGGUAGCUCUACAUUGGCACACAUUGUCAGAGUUUACAUUGGCUGCUCUCUUCCCAUGUUGACUGCGCCCGGGAGAAAUGUCAGAUCGUUUGAGAUUGUGACUAUAUUUAAUUUCACGGUUUUACGUUAGUAACAUUGCCAUGUUACCAUUGUACGUCUUGUUCUCUGACAAAAGGUUCCAAUGAGGAAAUCACGUUACUUUUGAAAUACCUAAAAUGGCUUCCUCUUGAAAAACAUCUUACAACUGUGUUUCUCUGUCCACUAUGUUUUUCCCAAUUCACUGAAAAGGCAUCUCUAUUUUUUUUUUUGUCUUAUCUCUGUAAUUCUCUGCUUGUGAGUUUGAGAACCCGAUCAGGCAUAAAAGGAGAGGAUGGGUAGUGUACCAGUAAUGUGGAUAACUCCACCUUGGCCCAGCCAGUCUUCAUGUCAGCGAGGGCCUCAGACUAGGAAUAUGAUCGUACCCCUCUAGGUGGGAACUCUCUAACUCAACCUUUCUCCCAGCCCGUUACCUCUGAGUGACCGUAGCGCCAGCCUGCAGAGAGAGCGUAGUGGACUUGACCUUAGAUGUUAGCCUACUUGGUUACUUACACCCAUAGCUGAAUGUAGAUCUGGGAUGCUUGAUAUUGAAAAGCAAAUCCACUGAACUUCAACCAACAGAUAUAACACUAACUUGUGCACUAGCCCUCUCACACACUAGGCACUUUGAAACAAUGUAUAGAAAGACAUUCAGAAACACACAUACUGAAAACAUAAAACGCACACAUCAGACUUGUGAAUGCAGGGGUGGACAGCUUUAGUCCUCAAGUGUUGCUGUGUCUGCUGGUUUAUCAAUAAGAUGAAUUGAAGAGAAGCGAAAACCCAGACACACGCCAUCCCUGAAGGACUGGAGUUGUGCACCCGUGUUCUGUUGUAAUUUAUUUCCUUUUUUAAUGUAAAUAGGUAAACGCUUUAGAGUGUAGAUUCACUUACAAUUGUAAGGAUAUAAACUGCUGCCUGAGUUAAAUAUGGUUGUGUUCCAAGUCCUUUUAAGCUGCCUUUCCUUAUCUCCUUGCAAAUAAUGAUACGAUAGUUAUUUGACACCCACACUAUGCAGGAAUUAAACCUCACCACUCUGGUGUUGCGAGCACUAUGCUCCAAACAUCAUUGGAAUGUUUAUGGAACAGGAGUUCUGCCACUGUACUAUCAGUAGUGAUGAAAGGAGAUGAGAAGGGAAGCAUUUAAGAUGAUUGGAGCACAGCCCAUGUCCCCUUGAUCUGACCCUUUUGGUCCUACAAAAUAUUUGAGAGGGAGGGGCAGAAAGAAACGGGUGUAAAUAUUGUUUUUGUGGAAUCAUAGCAAUGCUCUGCCCCCCUCCUGAACCACCUUCCUUCGGUUGGCUAGGGUGCACAGACUGUAGGGCCGGUAGCAAAUAUUCUGGCCUAUUUUACUAUUUUUAACACCGGAGCAAAACUUUGUACUAAUUUCCAAAUAAAGAGGCUUUGAUACCUUG